AGUCUAGUCUGUCCAUCAAACAACACCCUCCAAGUGCUCUCUCAGAUAGGGAUCUCAACGCAGCAGCAGCACAAACCCUAAUUUCGAGAAAGAGGAGAUUCGAUUUCUAAAAAAAUGGCGUACGCUUCUCGUUUCCUCUCCAGAUCUAAGCAGCUACAAGGGAGUUUAGUCAUUUUGCAGCAGCACCAUGCUAUUCCCGUCCGCGCUUUUGCCAAGGAAGCUGCUCGUCCUACUUUUAAAGGAGAUGAGAUGUUGAAGGGUGUCUUUACGGAGAUCAAGAACAAAUUUCUGGCUGCAGUUGAUAUUCUCCGUAAGGAGAAGAUCACCCUUGAUCCUGAAGACCCUGCUGCGGUCAAACAGUAUGCUAAUGUCAUGAAGACCAUCAGGCAAAAGGCAGACAUGUUCUCCGAAUCUCAACGCAUCAAAUAUGAUAUUGAGAACGAGACUAAGGAGAUCCCAGAUGCUCGUGCUUACCUCUUGAAGUUGAAGGAUAUCCGCACCAGGAGGGGGCUUACUGAUGAGCUUGGUGCUGAGGCCAUGAUGUUCGAGGCUUUGGAGAAAGUUGAAAAGGAUAUAAAGAAGCCUCUCUUGAGAAGCGACAAGAAAGGAAUGGAUCUUUUGGUUGCUGAAUUCGAGAAAGGCAACAAAAAGCUUGGGAUUAGGAAAGAAGAUCUUCCUAAAUACGAGGAGAACUUGGAGCUGAGCAUUGCUAAAGCUCAGUUGGAUGAGCUGAAGAGUGAUGCUCUUGAAGCAAUGGAAUCUCAGAAAAAGAAGGAGGAGUUCAAGGAUGAGGAGAUGCCAGACGUGAAAUCGUUGGACAUCCGUAACUUUAUGUAAGGUUUGAUGAUGAUCCUAAGAAGAAGCAUUUUGAGAUUUUCUUGCAAGAAAAGCAGAAGAAAGAUCUCUCUCGCUCUUUUUUAUUGUUCCCUUUUGUUGUUUUUGGUUAAUAAGGUCGGUCUCUCACCAUGGACUCGAAAUAUAAUACCAAAUGGUCUUAACUUUCUUUCUGGUUAUUAAUACGCUUGUGAUUUUUAGAAACAAACGUGGGUUUCAUGUUUCUGAUAAUGGUGAUAUAAAUGAAACUCGAGAUUACAUUUAAA